AUGGACACCAGUCCAUUAAGCGUCCAGCCGCGCUCGGAACCUGCCUCGGGGGCUGCCUCGGCGCGGGGCUCGCUGACCGGAGGUCGUCAGAUCACCCGAAACCGCGCAAGUUACAGUUGCCACACCUGUCGCCGGCGAAAGGUGAAAUGCGACAAAGUGCAUCCGAUCUGCGGGAACUGCGCGAAGACCGGGGCCGAGUGCGUAUACGAUGUGUCGUCGCAAAAGCGGGAAGAGGAGCGCGAUGGUCCUUUUCGAAGUGGGCAAGGUGUGAAACGAAGGAGGGGAACUUCAAGAACCUGGGAAGAGAAUGUGGACGAGUUGCAAUCAAUCUAUGGAAAUUUGAGGGAGGCCGAGUCAUCGCCAGAUCAUAAACCAGACCCUCGAGCGAUCGAAAGUCGACUGGAUAAGCUGAUGACCAUGAUUGAACGAAUUGGUGGGGCCAGUCAGGCUCCCGAAGCUAUCGAAGAGCAGUCGGUCGCGUCAAGCGCUGGUCUGGGGUCAGCUCUCAUGCAGGAUUUGCGACAAAGAAAUGCACGGAAUGAGACCUUCGACCCUUCCCAGCAAUCGAGUCCUCGUCGGGCUCCUACAGAGUCUGGUGGUGAAGAGUUCCCCAUCCCAUCUGGACAAGCAACAGAUUUGGUUGAUCCGGUGGGAAGUCUGAAUCUCGGGCAUCUGAGUCUGGAGGAUGGCGGAAGAUCGAGAUACGUGGGAACAACAUACUGGGCUUACAUUUCCCAUGAGAUCAAUGAUCUUAAUCAACUGUUAAGGGAUCAAAACCGGUCGCAUGAACAGCAAGUCUCAGAUGCCAACAAUGAGAACGAUCUCAUGACGAACGGCCGCCAACCGUGGAAGCAGUCUACUGACAGCUCGACGUAUGCAACCUCAUCAAGAUCGCCGCGCGGUUCCUUUCAACAAUCAAUCAUCUUUCCAACUGGUGGAUCCCCGACCAUAAAGGAAACAGUCGUCGAACCAGAGAUGCUUGAGCAUGUUCCGUCCAGACGCCAGAGCCAUAUUUUGUACAAGGCUUUCAUGUCGGGCGUCCAUGCCAUCAGCCCCGUUAUCCAUCCACCAACUGUCCUGAAGCUCUACGAUGAAUUCUGGGACUGGUAUGAUUAUAGCAGUUAUUCCGGAGAGCCUUGUCCGAAUCCUUCGUUUUUACCACUGCUAUACGCCAUCUGGUACGGCGGAUCAGUGACAAUAUCGAUCCGAACCAUCAAGGCCGAGUUCAACGUCCUGUCUCGAGUCUCGUUGUCGAAUAUGUAUAGCGAGGAGGUUACUCGUUGGUUGACGAAGAUUUCCUUUCCACGGAGCCCUUCCCUGCAAGGACUAGCCGCAUAUCUCAUUGUCCAGACGAUUCUGUCCAAAGAGGAAGAGCCCUUGACAAGCAGCUUAUUUAUCAGUCUCGCGAUGAGAGUGGCACAAACCAUGGGUCUACAUCGUGACCCGGCAAAAUUUGGGAUCGAGCCCUGCGAGGCAGAAUAUCGGCGCCGGUUGUGGUGGCAUAUCAUACACAUGGAUGGUGUGGUAGCAAUGUCCAGUGGGCUGCCUCCAUUAGUCAGUGAGGAGAAUUACUGGGAUGUACGAGAAACGAGUGAAGUGAAGGACACCCUGCUCGGUACCCCAGCAGCCGAGCGAUAUGAACAGCUGGUGGCGACCAACCAACGAGUCCCGGACAACCCCGAUGACCCAUUGCUUGGCGGGGGACCCUCAAUGGUGAAUGUGUUCUAUCUCAACGCAAGAGGCAAAUACAUAAUGGCCCGUGCCGUUCGCCGUAUUUUGAAAAUUCAGCUGGGUACGAGACCAGUGACUCGCAGAGACAUGGAAGAACUUCGGGUAGUUCUUCUCGAUCUUCAGCUCAAGUUGAACUCAAUAGUGGACAGGAUCCCUGAUCGAAAGGCUACAGACGGUACUCCGGGAUCUUCUGGUCGCGCUCUGUCCAUGUCCAAGUCCCCCAUGGAGGCUAGUUCUGCGGACCCAGAGCCACCUGGCGAAGGUAUAAACGGCUGCCCGGAACAAUACCAUUCUCCAGUCCAUGCUUCAUUCCAUAAGUGGGCGAGGAUUAUUUUGUCGCUUUAUAUUGACAAGGCAUUUUGUGUCGCGUACCAACCAUUUCUCAAGAAUGCUCGCAGCCGAAUUUGGCCCGCCGCACGACAAAGUGCACUCCGUCACUGCCAUGGAUUUAUGGAAAAAUUCAUUCAGCUUGCCACAGACCCUGACUUCCAACCGUUCCAGUGGAGCUGGCCUGGGAAUCACCAGCCCAUGCAUGCGACGAUGAUCAUGCUCAUCGACCUGUAUGAACGACCAUAUAGUCCGGAAGCAUCAAAGUCUCGCGCGUUCAUUGAUCGGAUCCUGGCUCUGUCCGGGCCAGAUGGAGGCGUUGUAGGCGGCGAAGAUGGUAUUUCUACACAGCGGCCACUCAAGGAUGGCGGACGUGAAGCUUGGGAUAUGAUCCGCCGUCUCCGCCAGAAAGCCUGGCAAAAGGCUGGCCUCAAUCCGCAAAUGCUUUGGACGGAACAGGAUCAAAUCCAAGCCGGCCUCGCGUCACCAGCAGGGGAGUCAGGAAAUCUUUGCAGUUCGUUCAACUCGGGGGCUGAACCUCCCUCUGCAGCAGCAACGGCACCACGCCAACCUGUGGCUCCAGAUCGGCAGUUAUCGGAUUUCAACAAAACCUUUUAUAGCAUGACUCGUGCCCAUUUACUUCCCAAUCCUGCUGUUUCUUCAGCUUCUCUCCGCCCCAGUCCUCUGCGAUAUGCAUACCAACUACCUCCCCUGAACCAAACUUCUUCUCACCCAACCACUCAAGACCACCGCACGCAGGCAGCUGUCAACAUUUCCGGAGCAAGUACUAUGGCUGCUCAAUCUGCCAUGGCGACAUCACCAACAACAUCCGCUUUGGCAGGCCCCCCUGCGACCCACUCCCCCACUGCCGCUUCCACCGUUCCUGAACCCCCUCAGCAAGCCAUCCCCAACAGCACCUCCCCACAAAUGCCUUUCAUGGAUCCAGCCUCACCUGCUCCCCAAAUGGGAGUCCCCACUCCACCUUUCAUGGUGGAUCCUAAUCUGAACUUCGACUGGGACCAGUGGGAUGCUGUAUUCGGACAGCAACUACCCGUCGCCGAUGAGCUUAUGGAGCUGGAUCCUGUGGCAGGGCUAGAUUUUGCCCAUCUUGGAGUUCCAUCCGGGAAUACCCCCGGCGCUCUGGGGGCCAAUGCAUUCCCCGUCACUACACCAAGUGAUGUUGGACUGCCGCCAGUCUGGACAGAACAGGGCUCGGCAAACUCCGAAGGACCUUCCCCAAGCAAUUGGUCUGGGUACUAUUGA